AGCCCUAGCAUUUUAGACCUGGACUAUCAUCACCUGCCGGUAAAACUGCGAGCCCAUCUCUGGCUUUGCGCCACCGCCCUUCGGUACUGCUCAGUGCUCACCAUCAAAGUCCGUCGUCUUCUAGAGAGUAAUCAAUGGGAUACAUACAGGAAGCACGUGAGAAUCACGUGAAGAAGAAGGUUGAAGAAGCAUUGCGGAGCAAAAUGAAGCACAAGGCGCUGCAGGAGUGCAAGGAUUUGGCGUCAAAGUACGCCGAGUGCUCGUACGGAAGAACCAUAUCGGUCGUUUGGCAGUGCCGGCAGCAAGCCAAGGAAUUGAACGAGUGCCUUCACCAAUUCACCAACGAUGACGUCUUGGAGGAAAUGAAGAGAGCGUACAUGCUUCAACAAGACGGGAGGGUGCCUGCAUAAGUCUCAGAUCAUCACUGGUUCAUGACUUUGAUGUAGAAUUUUGUUAUCGGAAUUCUGGCAACGUCACUGGUUUUUUAUUUUGAUUUCCGUAAUUCGGUUGAUGCCAGGGGGUUGUGUUUAAAAUAUCCCCCGAUGAACUUAAUAAAUGUAGAGAUUUCCCAGAGUAAAUUGGAGUAAUAAUCCCUCAAUUUAAUC